GAGCUCUCCCCAGCGUCGAGCGGAGCGCUCCUGCCACACGACCCAGAUGGAGAAAGCGGCGGGAUUCAAACCGGCAGCCUCCGGCCCUGCGAUGCGGCGGUUGGCUGAUCUGAGGUCGGUGCGCUCCGUGCCGGAGAUGCAGCGGUCGGCCGGGCUCAGGAAGGUCUCCUCCGUGCCCGAGGUGGGCGCCAGGGCAACCGGACUCAGAUCAGCGCCCGCUGGUCGCCCCGGCAACCUCAACGAGGAGGACAGCAGCGGCCCCGACGACUCCUCCUCCGUCAAGUCGUCCUGGAGCCUGGUGGACACCAUGACCUACGUGGGCCAGCUGGCGGGCCAGGUCCUGGGGACGGUGCGGGACCUGUAUAAGGGCAUUAACCAGGCCACGCUCUCGGGGUGCAUCGACGUGGUGGUGGUCCGGCAGCCCGAUGGAACCUUCCACUGCUCCCCGUUCCACGUGCGCUUCGGCAAGCUGGGCGUGCUGCGCUCCCGAGAGAAAGUGGUCGAUAUCGAGGUGAACGGGACUCCAGUGCACCUGCACAUGAAGUUGGGGGACAACGGAGAGGCCUUCUUUGUUCAGGAGACCGAGCAGGAGAAUAUUGUCCCAGCAUACCUGGCCACCUCGCCCAUCCCAUCAGAGGAUCAGCUGUCCUGGAUCCAGGACUGGAAAGACGCAGUGCCUGGACCAGAGUGCAUCCAGAACCAGAACCAGGUCGGCGAGGGCACGGAGGAGGACAGCCCCUCCAGCGUUGAGGAGGUGAUGACGGUGAGGAAGAGGAGACUGAGGAGGAGGAGGAAGACCAGAGUGGGUGGAGAUGGCGAUCAGACGCCCCCUACUGAUGCGGAGGAAGAGGAUGAUGAAGAUGUGUCCAACGUCGAGGGAGAGGAGAUGUUUGAAAUGGAUCUGAGCUCGGAAGAGGAGUGCGUGGAACACAGCUCCAGGAAAGCUUCAGUUCCUGCAGUGCCGGACACAGAACGCAGACGCUCCCUCCUUUUCCCCGAUUGGGCCCCUUCAGACAGCCCAACACACUCGCCGGUCUCUGUAAAAGAUGAUGUGGAGUUGGGGGAAGAGCCUGCUGACAGUGCGUUGUGGGCGGAGUCUUACCUGCAGUGGACAUGGGACGAGCUCCCAGAAUGCACUGCGGCUGCAGUAAAAGACCAGCCCGAGCCCUCAGAGGAAACACACUUCCAUGUCAUCCUCAGUUCGGACGCCAUGGUGACGUGUUCAGAAGGGGAGGAGGAGGAGUCUGCCCCCCCAUGUGCCAUCGUGAAGCCCAAAGCGCGAGUCCCCCUGGCUCCUCAGGCCCCGCCAGACCCCAGAGUGGCCCCCCCUGCUCCCCCCAUGCCAGUCAUGGGCCCUGCCCUGGAUGAGACAGAGCCCCUCCCUCGAACCCUUUCCUCGUGCAGAGAAUCCUCAGACAGGGAUCAGCACCAGAGCCUGCUGACCUGGCUGGACGCGGCUCACUGGAACAUCUCCCCCCAGUCUGUGAGCAGCGCUGACAGUGGAGCGGAGUGUGACCUUCCCAACGUCACUCUGUCCCUCUGCGGCGGGCUGGACCAGGACACACACAUCUCUAAAGAAAGCUUUAUGAAGCACAUGAUCACAUACCAAGAAUUUUCUGAAAACCCGGCUCUCAUCGACGACCCGAAUUUAGUGGUGAGGAUUGCUGACAGAUACUACAGCUGGGCGUUAGCUGCACCCCAGAUACUGAGUUUAGGGGUGUUCCAGCAGACCUUACCCGAGAAAACAGAGGAGGCCUGGGUCAAAGAGAAGAUGUCAAAGAAGUCCAACGGCUGGUGGUUCUGGCGCAAGACUGCGGACGACGCCACAGAGAAGCCAGCGGCCAAACCAAAGAUGCCUGAGCCACAAACUGGAGAUAGCCCCGCCCCCUCCCUCCAAAGCCCCGCCCUACAGAUAACGAUUGGAGGAGAGUCAUCCAGCGAUGGGGAAUCUGAGAUGGGCAGAGCAGCCAUUCGAUCUGAGCACGUGCAGACGGAGCCCGCUGGCCACACCCACUCAUAUAAGAAGACCCUGCGCCUCUCCUCAGACCAGAUAGCCAGUCUGAACCUGAGGGAGGGGCCUAACAGCGUCAUCUACAGCAUCACCUCGCAGUACCAGGGCACCUGUCGCUGUGAGGGCACCAUCCACCUGUGGAACUGGGACGACAAGGUCAUCAUCUCCGACAUCGACGGCACCAUCACCAGGUCAGACGUCUUUGGGCAGAUCCUUCCCCAGCUUGGCAAGGACUGGACCCACAAGGGCAUUGCACAGCUCUACCAUUCCAUAGACCAGAACAGGUACAGGUUCCUGUACUGCUCGGCUCGAGCCAUCGGCAUGGCGAACAUGACGCGCAGGUACCUGCAGUGGGUGAGGGACGGCGAGGCCAUCCUGCCCCAAGGGCCCCUCAUCCUGUCUCCCAGCAGCCUCUUCUCCGCCUUCCACAGGGAGGUGAUCGAGAAGAAGCCGGAGAUUUUCAAGAUCGAGUGCCUGACGGACAUCAGGAACCUGUUCCACCCGAACGCCCGGCCGUUCUACGCUGCUUUCGGAAACCGGCCCAAUGAUGCCUUUGCGUACAGGCAGGUGGGAGUGCCGGUGUGUCGCAUUUUCACCGUGAACCCGAAGGGGGAGCUCACACAGGAGCAGAGCAGGGGCAACAAGUCAUCGUACAGCAGGCUGAGUGAGCUGGUGGAACACGUGUUCCCCUUGGCCAAUAAGGAGCAGACCUCAGCCCUCACUUUCCCAGAAUUCAGUUCGUUCUGUUUCUGGAGGCAACCAAUCCCUGAGCCCUGCCACGAGGACCUGCUAUGAGAGGCCACGCCCCUUUUCUUUAGGAGCGAACCAGUCACUUGAGUUCUGGCCCAAUCACUCUAAGAGACCAAGCCUAUUUGCCCAUUAAAUACAGUCUAUUCAGUAAGUGUUAUCAGGCCAAACAAAUACAUUGAAAUGCCAGUAUUGUUACCAAUGGCUGAUAAUGUUGGGGUUAAGGUUACAGUCUGUGUAGUGCUUAAGAACUCAUAGAAAGGCUAGUUAAUGACAUGAUUGUGAUUAUAUAAACCAGCUUCAUCCCUUGUUCAAUAUUCAAUAUCAUACUGUAAUAUUGUGUAUUUUAUAAUGUAAUAUAUGUAAUUAUGUUAAUAAUAGUGGUCCGGUUUGGAAGGGCCAGUGGGUAUCACUCUGGGUACAGUAUGCAUGAGAUUAUGUUUUUACACAGUGAUUUAGCUUUUUCAGCUUUACGUGUGAGUUUUGCCUUGUAUUUAAUGUGUAUUUCCUGUGACAUUAAAGUGUGUAGCGAUCAA